CGCAAUGUUUAUAUAGACCACAGAGCUCCUCUAUCAGGCUCAGUUGCCUUUCAGCUGUAGUUCACCAAACAAGCAGGAGUCCAGCCAACCGAUUGCUCAGCAUCUAACCAGGAGGACCACCAGAGAGAAAAGAGACAAUUAUACACAAACACUCUGCGCCUUCUUCAUAUUCACACAUGGCCAGCACAUCCAAGUGGACAUUCCUCCAGGCCAUGUGUCUGGUGGUUUCGUUGUCCAUGGCAGUACCUGAGAAUUAUGGAGAGGUUAUCGAGGUGAGCUAUGGACCCAGUUAUUUUAACGAGAUAAAUUUCGAGGACCAGACGGAUGAGGAGACCCCCACACCUUCCCCUGAGCCCUGCAAAGCUCCAGCCUUCACUAAAUGGGACAAGCUCUUCACAAUGCUGGAAAAUUCCCAAAUGAAAGAGAACAUGCUCCUGCAGAACACUGAUGAUAUCAUCAAGGUGGAGCUGCAGAGUCUGCGAGAAGAGAUGUUACAGUUUGUGGCACAGUACAGCGGCUCUUGCGCAUCCGCGGUCGAGAGCUCGGUCCGACGGGUCGGGGCUCAAACGGAGACGCGUUUGCAGAACGCGCUGGACCGUGUGCAAGAGGUCUCAACUGAUCAGUACGCGCAGCAUGAUGAGGCCUUGCAGCAGCUUCUGGCCGCCAGCGUAAGCCAGGCUGUGCGGCUGGAGCGACUGGAGAACGGCUGCUUGAAAUGUGGGGGAGGAGGUCUGGCCUCCCAAUCCAAGAGCUUUCAGGCACGACAUCUCAUGCAAGAAGUGACUGAGACAGAGAACGGAGGUAGGCUGGAGAAGACUCUGGCAACCAUCUCCACUGAGCUGCAAACCAUCCGGGAACAGCUGACCCUUUACAGCAAAUCAGUCUUUACAAACGGCCUUCCAUCAGACUGUGACACUGGGCUGCUCUUCCCCACACGUUCAUCUACAGCUCACGUCGAAGUCUCACCCAAGACACCCUUUCAGACCAGUGCCGCCACCAUUUGCCUGUGGGUGAAACCAACGCAGGUGACCAACAAGACCAUCCUCUUCUCUUACAGCACAACCGGCAAUGCCUACGAGCUCCAGCUGGUGUUGAACGGACAGAGUGUCUUCUUUACGGUCGAUGGCGAAAGCCAUUUGGUGGAAGCUUCAGGGGCAGUUCAAGAGGGCCAGUGGUCGCACAUUUGUGCAGUCUGGAGCUCACAUCAGGGCUUGGCUUCACUUUGGGUGAACGGUCAACAGGCGGCAAGCUCUCCUGGAGUGGCUGAAGGUCAUGAGCUACGCAGCAAAGGAAGCAUACUACUGGGACAAGAGUAUGGACGUUUGUUCAGGCAUCUCAGCAUCCCAGACACAUUUGAUGCGGAGCUGGCCUUCACAGGGAAGAUGACCGGAGUGAACAUGUGGGACCAUGUUUUGGAUUCAAAGCAGAUAUCCCAGCAAGCACGGCUGGACGGGAGCGGUUGUGGGAUCCGUGGUAAUGUGGUGGCGUGGGGCGUGUCUGACAUUGAGCCAAAAGGGGGCGUUAAGCUAAUAUACUAAAUUCCUCUACUGUCUUAACCACCUGAGCCCUGUAUACAAGUCAGCUGAGCUCCUACAAGCACAUAUUAAGAACCUGCUUCGCUACACCUGCACACAACAAUAGUUUUUCUCUCUUUAGAUGUGCGGAAAAUGCUCCCUCAUAGGGAAAAUGUGAUUUAGGUUGAACUGGCUUUAGUCAAGCAAGUUACAAUAGUUAAACUGCUGCCAUUGGAGGGAUGUCAUAUCAUAUAUCUUUUAUGAUUAUUAUUGCAAACUCUUCUGUUUUACAAGAAUGUUUUCAAUUAAUACAAAGUGGAGGGAUUUUAAAAAAUAUAUAUAUUGUGUAUCGUCAAACUAUUUAUCUUGAUUGGUAAUGUUUACAUUCAGAUUUGACUUAAUUUUAAUCUAUUUGUAAUGAAAUACUUCCAUUGUUAUAUUUCCUAUGCAUUUCAAACUAUAUCUUGUGAUUCAUUUUAAAAUAUUUUGUUGUAUGACUUCUGCUAAUAAGUAACUUUUUUGUCUUUGGUUUGUCGUUUUACCACAAGAUGGUUGCUAUGUUUUUUUUGAUGAUGGAACUGUGGAAAAUGUUUACAAAUUGUGACUUUAUUUUUAUGUUUCCGCUGAUGUGAUUAAAUGUAUUAUAAUGUACUUUUUUAAGAGGCUAAGAUGAAUGUAUAAUGUACAUAGAUAUUUUUCUGAGGGUUGGGAAAAACAAACCAUAAUAAAACUGUAAAACUAA